CCUUCAUACAUUAACAUAUCCAAACGAAAAAUUCCUCCAACCAAGAAUGGCCUCCGUUUAUGCUUCCUCGGCUAUUGCUGCUGUUGGCAUCUCAUCCCCCAGUUCCCAGAAGACUGGAUCAGUCGCGGGAACAACAAAGGCGUCUUUCCUAACCGGAAAGAAGGUUAGAUCAGUGAGAAAGUACGCAAAACGCGCCGCCGUGUCAGCGGUUCCGGUUUGCGCCGCCGCUGAUUUCGACAGGCCCCUUUGGUUCCCCGGAAGCGUUCCUCCUCCAUGGCUGGAUGGGAGUCUCCCUGGUGACUUCGGCUUCGAUCCUCUCGGCCUCGGAUCUGACCCCGAGACAUUGAGAUGGAACGUACAGGCGGAGCUAGUGCAUUGCAGGUGGGCAAUGUUGGGAGCUGCAGGCAUUUUCAUCCCAGAGUUCUUAACAAAGAUCGGUAUCCUAAACACUCCUUCAUGGUACUCGGCAGGCACCGAGGAAUACUUCACCGACACCACGACUCUCUUCAUCGUCGAGCUUAUUUUCAUCGGCUGGGCCGAAGGGAGAAGAUGGGCAGACAUUCUCAAACCGGGGUGCGUAAGCACAGAUCCCAUUGCUUUCACCCCUAAGUGA